AUGGGCCAAAAAAAUAAAAGAAAAGGAAGAAGAAAUAAACAUCAACAAAUUUCAUUACCACCAUUGGAUGAAGACUAUAAAUAAAAUCUCUAUCUAGAGGGUAUCAAGUUUUAGUAAUCAAAGCUCUGGAGGGCAUAAAUAAAUUAAAAAAUUCAAAAGAUCUCUUCCUUUAGAAAUUAGUGAAGGAAGCUUAUUUGUUAUCAAAAACAUGGUUUGAAACCUGGAAAUUACACAUUGGAUAUGAUGCUGUUUUGAAGGGUGAAUAACCUGGAGGUAAGAAAUAUGGAAGGCAAUAACUUGGGGAGAUUAAUAAGGAUUUAAUAGCAGAUGAAGAAUAAUUUCAUGCUGCACCAGAGCUAUUUAAGUAAUUGGAUCCUCCUUUGAAUGAUGUGUAGCCAGUCAAAGAUUACAUUCUUAUUACGGAAGAGGCUUGGAAAUUCUUUUAAGGAAAAUACAAAGGUUAAGCUAUCAUAAGAAUAGCAAACUAGUAAAGCGAGUUUAAUUUGAAGAUAAUAAGUGUAAUAUUUAAUUGAUAUCUAAGCCUAAUAUAAUUUUUAUGACUCAAGAGAAAAUGAAUGAGAUUCAUUCACUUAAUUAAAGUUAACUGGUUAAUUCCCUCGACUUAUUGAGAAUGAGAAAAGCACAACUGUUUAGUGAUUGGAAAUUCGGAGAUUUGGAAACUUAUUGUUAAUAAAUAAUGGAGAGUAAUAAUAUUCAAAUAUGGCUAAUGAAUCCUUUGUAUGAAAAUAAUCAGAUUAAAUUGCAAUUGAUAAAAACUAUUCAUUAAUAGAAAAAUGUUUUAUUGGGUGAAUAACUAAUAGACGUAGAAUAUUAACAAUUUUAAUUAUCACAGUUUUUAAAAAAUCAUUUCAUUCUAGUAGUGUUUAAGAAUGAAGUUGAAUUAUCUUAAUUAGAUGUUAAAUUUGAGUUAAAUUAGAAAGGAUGUUGUCUAAAUUGUGAAUCGAAGGUUUUAUUGAAUUAUUCAUGUGCUUGCAAGAAAGUGUUUUACUGUAGUGAUACAUGCAGAUAUAAGGAUUAAGAAUUUCAUUCAAGACAAUGCACAAAAGCUUACGAUUCACAAGAUGAUGAAGACUUUGAUGCAAUCAAUUAUGAGGCUAUUUCUACGAAAUAUGGGGCAGGAUUAGCCAAUUUGGGUAAUACUUGCUAUAUGAAUUCAUCUCUCUAGAGUCUCUUUAGUUCAACUCAUUUCUAGGAAUUCCUAUCAAAUAAAUAAUAUUGGACUUAGAAUACUAUUAAAAGAAAUGUGUAACUGAAUUACAAAUUAGAGAAGCUCCUAAAAAACCUAUUGACUCAUAAUGAAGCAUUUUCUCCAUAUAGUUUCAGGUAGCAAUUGGCUCAAAAAUAUCCAUUUGUAAUUAUCCAUAUUCAUAAAUUAGUUUGGAAAGGAUUUCUAAUAGGAUGCUGCAGAAUUUAUACUAUAUCUUUUUGAUGCAUUGAACGAAGAGUUGAUAUUAAAGGAUGAUAAAUAGAAGCAUCAAUUUGAAUAGUAAUAAUUAGAAUUAGCAGAUGUUGAUAAGUCAGAACCUGUACAAGCCAAUAGUGACAGUGAAGAUGAAAGUAGUGAUGAAAAGGAAAAUCAAGAAUCUCAACAGUAACAAUAGUAGUAGCAGAUUCAAUUCCAUAAAAAGGUACAAUAAAAUGUAAAUUAAAUGAUGUAUGUAGUAAAUCAACAAUGAUAAUUAUGAAAAGGCGAUAGAGAUGAUCCACAAAAUGAAUAGUUCGCUUCUUCUUAAGAAUUUCUUAGGAAUCACUAGAUCUUAAAUUGAAUGUCCAAUCUGUGAAUAAAAGACAUAAAGUUAUGAAUAAUUUUCAAUAUUACCACUCCCUUUAAAUGCAACAUGUUAAUCUAAGCGCAAACAUUUAGUUGAUGUGUUUGUCAUUUCAAAUGAUUGGUAUCAACCAAGUAAAAAAAUAGUUUAUGAAUAUCAACCAAAUACAACUUUGUUAUCAGAGGUUAAAACAUAUAUAGGAGACAAGUUGGGGAUUGAACCUACAACUUUAUUAGGAGCUUUGUGUGCAAAUAGUAUAAUAGAUAUGUAUCUUUUCCAUGAUGAAGCUAAUCUUUCAAAAAUCAUAAACGACAAUUAAAAUAGCUACUUGUGUUUUUUUUAAUUAGACUAGAGCAUUUUUUCAAUAACUGAUGAAGAACAGUAUUUUGAUGUGAUGAUCUAUUCAUUUGAAAAGAAGAAUGCUUUCUCUUAUUAAUGUGAAAAUAUUUGUGUAGCCAUUCCAAAGAUAUUGAUAGUCAAGAAAUCUUGUACUGCAGCUCAAAUAUAUCAAUAAAUCUGGAAUAAACUUGGAGAACAUUCCAACUCUAAUUAAUUAAAAGAUAUUCAAAUUGAUGAACCAAAGUAGGAGAACCUAUUAAAUUCAUAGUAACUCAAGGAAGCUCUGAAUUACUAGGUAAUCAUUCAAACUAGAUUGCCAUCCAAAACUCCUUGUCCAUUUACAUGUGGCAAAUCAUUUAAAAAAGAGUAAAAACCUCAUUCUUGUGAAUUACCUUUGAAUAAUUCGACUACUUUGAAUGACUAUUUGAAUAAAAUAAAUUAUCCCAAUGCCGGUACUUCAUUGUCAAUAGAAUUUGUGGAAAAUGCCAUUCCUAAAUCCAUAAGAAUAGAAUUUGAACCUAAAAAUAACUACUUUAAACAUGAUAAAUGUAAAUUAAAUAUAAUAUUGAGUAGCAUUAGAUCUAAUAGAUCUGAUAGACAAUUUCGAGUCUAAAGAACCGUUGGUAGAUGAAAAUGCUUAUCAUUGUACCACUUGUAAUGAUUUAACUUUCGCCAUAAAGACAAUGAGUUUAGAAAAACUACCAGAUUAAUUGAUAAUCCAACUCAAAAGAUUUUAGUAUGAUGAACAAAAGGGGUUCUAGAAAAACAAUAUUUUAGUCGCAUACCCUGAAAAUAUAACGAUAAAUUAGAUUGAUUAUGAUUUAUAUGGUGUAGUAUAGCAUUUUGGAGGAUUAGACAAUGGUCACUAUACGGCAUACGGUAAGAGAUCAAAUAAAUGGAUUGAAUUCAAUGACAAAUAAACAAAAGAAGUCUAAGUGAAUGAUGUAAUAAACGACAAGAACGCGUACAUUCUAUUUUAUUAGAGGAAAUGA